AUGGCGACCGACGUGGUCCUUGAAACGACAAUGGGCGCAAUCACCGUCGAGCUCUACAACGACCAUGCACCCAGAACCUGCAAGAACUUCUCCACCUUGGCCCAACGGGGAUACUAUAACAAUGUCAUCUUCCAUCGCAUCAUCCCCAACUUCAUGAUCCAAACGGGCGAUCCUACAGGGACUGGCCGGGGCGGCUCGAGCAUCUACGGUGAAAAGUUCGCCGACGAGAUCAGCCCAUCCUUGAAGCAUACCGGUGCCGGUGUGCUUAGCAUGGCUAACAGCGGGAAAGACACGAACGGGAGUCAAUUCUUCAUCACCCUGGCGCCGACCCCGUGGCUGGACGGGAAACACACAAUUUUCGGAAGAGUCAAGAGCGGAAUGAAGGUCGUGCAGCGCAUGGGGCUCGUCAAAACCAACACCGAAGACAGACCCCUGGAGGAGGUCAAGAUCAUCAGGGCGAAAGUGGUCGAGGGCACUGAAGCGGGAUGA